AUGGCUUUGGAGUCGUAUACAUUUGGGCCGUACAAAAAAGACAGCAGGGAAGUAUUUUACAGCACUAACCUAUCGUAUGCCUUGGUUAAUCUGCACCCUAUUGUUCCUGUCAUCCCAAGGCGCGAAGUGAAGCGCUUUGCUGAUCUCACUGUUGAUGAGACCAGUGAUCUUUGGAUCACAGCACAAAAGAUUGGCAUACGGCUUGAGAGCUACCACAAAGCAACAUCUCUAACAUUUGGGAUUCAAGAUGGUCCCCAAGCAGGGCAGACUGUACCCCAUGUUCAUAUCCAUAUCUUUCCACGCAAAGAUGAUGCACUUGAUGAGAAGGAGAAGAAAUUAAAGAAGAAGCUUGACUUGGAAAAGGAGAGGAAGGAUAGAAGCCUAGAGGAAAUGACACGAGAAGCAGAGGAAUACAGAAAGCUUUUCUUGUAGAAUAUGGAUGUGAAGUUCCUACUAUAACUUGAGGCUGCUCGUAAAACUCCAGAGAACCAGUGGCAUCAGAAUCAUUAGCCUUAGGUAACUUCUAUGUAACUUAUAUUCUCUCUGAAGUUCCAAUUUACCUCGAGAAGUUCAUCAAUCAGCUCCUGUCACUGAUUGCAAU